ACUAUUAAUAUCAUCAUGCCUGUGCCAUACACUGACGUAUCUAAGGAGAAAGAUCAACAGGAGCUGUGCUCGGACACAGAUGGAGCAUGUCUGAACCUGGGAAAGAAGAUCAGUGUUCCUCAGGAUCUGAUGAUGGAGGAGCUCAAUCUACUGUCAAACAGAGGAUCCAUAAUGUUUCACGAGAGACUCAAAAGAGUGGAGAGAUUCACCUUGGAGAAUAUAGCAAACAGACACAUCAAUCACUUAGAGGCAAGCCUUCAAGGUCAGAAAGACAAACAAGGAGAGAAAGGCGGCGAGUACUUCACCUCUGAAAUCUACAUCACCCAGCCUGGAAAAAAUAACCUGGUCACCGCACUCAAGAGCACAGUCGCUAAGAAAGGAAACCCAAGCUUGCUUGCACCUGGUUAUGGGGGGCACCUGAAAGAGGUUCCUCCUGAAAAGUUCAAUGUCACUGUGAUCCCCAAGUCUUACCAUACUCCCUGGGAGGAAAAGCCCAUUGACAGAGAAAAACUUUUGGCUACUAUAAGUACCAGCCUUCCUGAACCACCUUACAAACUCACCCCAGCCAACUACAAAUGCUUCAACAGAGCUCCUACACCGUUUGGUGGGACAGCAGGUACGGCGAGGACUCUGCCGCUACCUGGCUUUGAGAUGCUGCAGGCUCACACAGAGCCACACCUAACCUGGGACAGGAUGUGCCACCGGCCCAAUUUCAACCGUACGCCACGGGGCUGGAGAACCCAGUACGUUAUAGAGUCUCCGGAUUUGUGAAUCUGGUGAAUUUUGUCAAAAUAUAAGUGAGGACUACGUUUCUGAGGGAUGCUUAAGACG